AAAUUGGGAAUUUAGGUAAACGUACAGAAAGCAACAAAGAAAAUGGUGCUAAGCAUUUCUUGGACUGGUCUCCUCAAACCAUCUCUUCCUUUCCCUCUACAUAAUAUAUUCCCUUUCCCACUUCAUACAAAUUCUUGUGCUUUUUUAACUAUAUAAAAGCUCGUUUCAUGCCAUAAUGGAAUGGAACCCCCAACAGCUCCAUUCAGUUUAAAUUGAUAUUUUUAUCUCGCCCUGUUAAUGGUUCGCCUACUCAGUUGGAAACAUCUGUUGAAUAUUUUUUAGUCAUCUGUGGAAAUCCUAUAAACACUUCAGUUCUUUGCAUACAAUUUUGCGGCGGUGAGGAGAGGGGAGAGACGGGCUCCAAGAAUUUGCUCCAAAUUUUGAUUCCAAGAUUUUCGGAUUAAAAUUGGGUUUUUGGAGUUUGGAGCAGAUGGGUUUUGUGGACUCCCAAGUUUUGAUUGCCCUUGCUCUUUCACUUAUUGGUGGUUUGAGUACCUCCAUUGGUGCACUUUUUGUUGUCAUUAACCAGGCUCCAAAUCUGAAGAUGCUUGGGCUUUUACAGGGUUUUGCUGCAGGUCUUAUGUUGAGCAUAUCUUUCUUAGAUUUGGCUCAUAAUGCCAUAAACUCCAUUGGCUUCUUAAAGGGGAAUCUCUGGUUCUUUGCAGGUGUAAUUUUCUUUGCAAUUGUUGCUAAUUUUAUUCCAGAACCAACGGUUGCACCCAUUUCGGAUGUGAAAAGCAAAAAGAAAAAUGGUGAUGAAGGGGGCAAGGAUAUUAUGAAAAAGCAUCGACGACAAGUACUGUUUAGUGGAAUCAUCACAGCCGUAGGCAUAAGCUUGCACAAUUUUCCUGAGGGAAUGGCUGUGUUCCUUGGAUCAAUGAAGGGUCUGCGAGUUGGUCUGAACUUGGCAUUAGCUAUUGCUUUACACAACAUUCCAGAGGGGGUUGCUGUUGCACUUCCUGUUUACUUUGCCACACAAAGCAAAUGGCAAGCGUUUAAAUUGGCUACGCUUUCUGGUUUUGCUGAGCCCCUCGGGGUGAUUAUCGUAGCGUACCUAUUCCCAAGUAGUCUAAGUCCAGAAAUUCUGGAGGGCCUCCUCGGAUCAGUGGGGGGUGUGAUGGCUUUCCUAACCUUGCAUGAAAUGCUGCCACUGGCAUUCGAUUACGCGGGACAGAAGCAAGCUGUUAAGGCUGUAUUCUUUGGCAUGGCUUUCAUGUCUGCUAGGUGACUUGUCUACUGAAAACAAACAACAGCCCUAUAUUUUCUUCAGACCAGCUUACCAGAGGACAUGAGCUUGUAGUCGUCGCACAUCUUCUAGCAGAUCCUGGGCACAUCUCAAUCUUAACUUGGAAUUCAUCAAUUUCCUGUGUUUUAUUUCUGCUUAAAUCUCUGCAGAAUAUGAUCAACUGUAUGAUUGUAUUGUUGGGGGUUUGUUUCACUACCAAAAACAGGGGUUGAAAUAGGUUUUUCAACGAUUGUAAGUUAUAAUUACCUUUAUCAAAUUUUAUAUUGUAAAGAAUUAUUUUACUUA